AUGCCAUUUGGUCUUCGCAAUGCUGCCCAAACAUUUCAGAUGUUCAUUGACCGAGUCCUACGUGGUCUCCCGUUUGUGUACGCCUACAUCGAUGACCUCUUGGUGGCCAGUCGAAAUGCCGAGGAACACAAUGUGCAUCUUGCCUUAGUGUUUGACCGCCUCGAUCAGUUUGGCGUGGUCAUUAACCCUUCGAAGUGUGUUCUGGGUGUGCCGUCCCUUGAGUUUCUUGGUCACCAUGUCGAUGCACAAGGUUUGCGUCCCCUCUCUUCCAAGGUUGAGGCCAUUCGUGACUUUCCUCCACCAACCUCCAAGCGUCAGUUGUAA